GUUGUUGUUUUAUCACAACUGUUUUUAUUUACUCCAUACAAUAACACUAAUAUAAGAAGUAUCUUCGUGUAAGUUCAAAAACGCUUUAGCUUGUUUUAAACACACCAAAUACUAAACUUAUAUAUUUUGCUUCCCCCCUUUCCGCUUUCUUUUUUCUGUCGCGACCUUCCUUUCCACUUCCUCGUUCGUUCACUCUCGUUCUCAAAUCUUCCUUUCCUCCCACGCGAGCAACCCUCUCAAGUGCUGCGCUGCUCUGUGCCGUCCCUCGGGCCUCCGGACUUCAUACGCGAGUUUCAACGUCUCGAUCGGUGGUGCCGUUCGUUGCGGAGCUCUCCGAUAUUAAACCCCCAGGAAAAGUGGACACAGCUGGAAACCGAGUGACAACGAGCGAGCGUUCCUGGCCACAAAGCAGCGUCUGCACCGGGCAGGAACGCAGCAGAGAUGGCGCCCUCCGGAGCGCUGCGCCGCGUCUUCGUCGCGGGCGUCGGCAUGACCAAGUUCGCCAAGCCGGGCGACAAGAAGAGGGACUACCCGGUGCUGGCCAAGGAAGCCGUGAUGGCGGCGCUCCAGGACAGUCGGCUGUCCUACGAGGACGUGCAGCAGGCGUGCUGCGGUUACGUGUACGGCGACUCGACGUGCGGACAGCGCUGCCUGUACGACUUGGGCAUGACGGGUAUCCCCGUCUACAACGUGAACAACAACUGUUCUACGGGGUCGACGGCGCUCAUGCUGGCCAAGCAGCUCGUCGAGGGAGGCAUCGCUGACGUCGUCCUCGCGCUGGGCUUUGAGAAGAUGGACCGCGGAUCGCUGACGUCCAAGUACCGAGACCGCGCCAACCCCGUGGAGAAGCAUGCCAAGGUGUUGGCGGCCACACACGGCCUGGCUCCUGCGCCGAUGGCGGCUCAGAUGUUCGGCGCCGCGGGCAUCGAGCACAUGGCCAAGUACGGCACCACACCGGAGCACCUGGCCAAGAUCGCGCUGAAGAACCACCGCCACUCGGUGAACAACCCCAACUCGCAGUUCCAGGAGGAACACACUUUACAGGAGAUUCUCGAGUCGCCCACGGUGUUCGGGCCGCUCACCAAGCUCCAGUGCUGUCCCACGUCGGACGGCGCGGCCGCCGCAUUGGUGGUCAGCGAGGACGUGGUCCGGCGUCUCAAGCUCGAGGGACAGGCCGUCGAGAUCCUCAGUCUGGAGAUGUCGACGGACUUGCCGUCUGCGUUCAGCGAGAAUAGCUGCAUCAAGAUGGUCGGCUUCGACAUGACCCAGAGGGCGGCCCAGGACGCCUUCCGCAAGGCCGGGCUGACCCCGGAAGACGUGCAGGUCGUGGAGCUGCACGACUGCUUCUCGGCCAACGAGCUGAUCACGUACGAGGCCCUGGGACUCUGUCCCAUCGGCAAGGCCGGCGAAUUCGUGGACCGCGGGGACAACACGUACGGCGGGAAGUACGUGGUCAACCCCAGUGGAGGACUCAUCUCCAAGGGACAUCCGCUGGGAGCCACGGGAUUGGCCCAGUGCGCGGAGCUGUGCUGGCAGCUGAGGGGCACGGCCGGCCCCAGGCAGGUGCCGGGUGCCAAGGUGGCGCUGCAGCACAACAUCGGGCUCGGGGGUGCCGCCGUGGUGGGCUUGUACCGGCUCGGGUUCCCUAGGGCCAGUCUCUGAAGGCGCUUCUUCGGAGCUGGGCCGAGAGUAAGGAGGAAGGGGUUCAUAACUGCGAUCUAAAGGUGGAGUUCUUCUAGUGGUCUUUCGUGGUGGGUCGCUUUGGCCGCGCUUUUCUCUUCGACCUUUUGUGCGUGCGCGCGUGUCUGUGUGUUUGUUACGUUGACUUGAGGCUUUGCACCAUCGCGCAUCGGUAUUUUGUUGCGUGAGUGUUUCUUCCCGCAAAGGUCACACUUUUGAGCGUAGAUAUCAGCGCUAUUUCUGCGUUUGACACCGCCUUUGAGGCAGUAUGCCUCUGAGGCAAUGUUAUGAAUAUGUGUGGUGACCAAUAUUUAAUCCAUCCUUUAAUUACGAGUUUUUACGUCGACUUUGUCGCCUUUUAUACUGAACUGAUAGUGUAAAUACUGUUAUGGGAAGGAAUCCUUUUUUUUUUAUUGUCAAGGAUGGAUAUUUUUAAUAAAAUUUUUAGCUUUGUUUAUUA